CGCCCUGACUCUAUAAGCCCCGCCCCUCGGCUCCGGUCUCAGCCUAUUCGAGCGGAUCAAUGAGGGCUCAUUUGAACUGCCGCAGACAGCCAAAACUUACCAUCGACAACUGGCUUGAAUAUAGAGGUAUAACAGAGGAGCAUGGGUUGUCACAACAGCAAAGUUUGUGGCCAGGUCUCCAGGAAAAAGAAAAAAAGUUGUGCGCAAGAAGGUGAGAAGCACAUAAAGGACAUCAAACUUCAAGAUGGAAGUGGUACACGCUCGUCUGAGAAGAAUCUUUUGGAGACGUAUGAGUGUCAGCUAAAGAUACUUCAUGCUGUGUUGACGGCUUCAGGAGACCAGGAGAGAGACCAGCUCCUCAAGGACCAUCCUGGAGACAUCUGCACUUUAGUCCACAGUAUUCUGGAGAAGGUAAAGACUGAGAUAACCUCUGACCUAAAUGAUCUUCAUGAAAAACAGACGAGGAGCGUCUUAGAACGGCAUCAGAGCGCAACAGAAGAGCUACAGCGAUUACACAAUGAAGAGAAGAACAUUUUAAAUGAGUCCCAUGCAGCAGCUGAGAAUGUGCUGAAGGAUCAGAUUGAAGGGCUGACGUCAGAGCUGAAGCUGUUUGAGGAGUUGAAGCGCAGAGCGCAGGAGUCCACGCUCCAGAGAGACCUUCAGAGAAACAUUGAGACUCAUGGCAGCCCUGGUGCAUUCUGGGAGCAGGAGCAGGAGAGUCUGUUAUUUGUCAUCGAAAUGAAGCGUGAGCGUUUACAGGACCAGGGGAACAAGCUGCUGCAGAUGGAAACACUGGUGGAGAGGAAUCAGUCGCUGGAGGAUCAGCUCCUGCAGGCGCUCCAGCAGAGCGAGGACUUCAGAGUGAGGAUAGACAACUACCAAAGCCUCAUACAACAACUGUCCAAGGAGCAGAAUGAGCUGCAGGAGGCGCUAGAGAAGCAGUCUCUGCAGAACCAGAAGCUCAGCCAGGAGAAAGAAGAGCUGCUCUUUAAACUCAUACACCGCAGAGACUCGUGCUCCUCCUUCCACCUUCCUUCUGUCAUCCCCAGCUGACCACAGCAUCCACCUUCCUUCUGUCAUCCCCAGCUGACCGCAGCAUCCACCUUUAUCACAGGCUGGCCUCAGUGCCUUCGUUUUUUUUUUUUUUUUUUAUGCCAGUUUAAUAUAGUGUUGUGAUCACCCAGUGCUGAUAUGAACUUAUUCACUGCACUUAGCAAUUUUAACUAGCCAAACAAAUAUUUUUGUACAUUUUGUUUGAAGAGACAUUUCUUAUCAGGAUUUUUUUUGGAUGCAUUUUGAAAUAGCUGUAGAUCUAUGCAGUAGUUACUCUUUUUAUUAUUCUACAGGGUUUUUGACAUUUUUAUUUCUUUCCAGGAAACCGCAAGUAUUGUUAGCAAAAACAGCUGUUAUGUUUUUGCCUUAAGACAUAAUUAGCACUUGGACAUGUAACAUGAAUAUUUGGGAUCUUUUCAGAUGCACUUGCACUUUUAUCUGUUUUAUUUGUUGGAGAGAUAAUGGGCUUUUGGUGAUAACCAGUAUGCUUUCUUCCUACACUUUGCACAUAGUAUUUCCGUUUUGAAUCCUUCUGCUUUUCAGUGGUAGGUAAAGUCCUGGGGUCCUAUUGGAUAAAAUCUUGUCAUUUUAGCUCAAACACCAUGUUGUCUCAAAGAACCAGCACACAUGUUUUCAAGAAGAGUCUAGCCUCUCUGUUUUGUUACUUUUUGCAAACCUAUUUUUAUUUUAUUUUAGAAAAUUCUGAACAGAUUUUUAAGUUAUUUAAUACUUUAAAAGAGUAGUUCACCCCAAAAUUAAAAUGAGCUGAAAAUGGACUCCCCUUCAGGACAUCCAAGGCGUAGUACGUAAAUGAAAUGUAGCAUUGCAUCACUUGCUCACCAAUGGAUGCUCUGCAGUGAAUGGAUGCCAUCAGAAUGAGAGUCCAAACAGCUGAUAAAAACAUUACAAUAAUCCACACCACUCCAGUCCAUCAGUUCACAUCUUGUGAAGUGACAAACAAAAGUCCAUCAAGGCAUUUAACUGUAUUUUGGCUGUUUUAAAAUGUUUCUUGCAAACCUGCAGCGGAGACAUUAACUGAUGGACUGGAGAGGUGUGGAUUAUUGUGAUGUUUUUAUCAGCUGUUUGGACUCUCAUUCUGACGGCACCCAUACACUGCAGAGCAUCUAUUGCUGAGCAAGUGAUGCAAUGCAAAAUUUAUCCAAAUCUGUUCUGAUGAAGAAAUCUAUGAAGAAUAUCUGGUUGAAAUAUUCUUUCUGCAGGACUUCAGAUGGACUUCUCAUUGCAGUGAUUCGACUUGUCAUUUUUAAAAGCUUGAGUGGUAAAAUGGUUGCCUUUGUGUACAUAUCUUUUUUUUUUAAGAUAUUGUGUAUUAUUGUAAUGUUGUGCUCUUAUAUAUGUUUACUUCUAAAUCAUUGCCUUUGUUGUAAGAUAUUUCCUGGAAAAAAAAAACAAGCAAUAAAAGCUGCAUCAGAGGGA